GGGUCUGGGUCCGGUCCGCCGCGCCUGGAACCGCAGAGGGAAGCGGCGGUGGCGGAACCGGGAUGAUCCGCAGAACCGGGCGGUUCUGGUGAGGGAUGGAGACCCGGAGUUCUGGAGUCCGACCCAUGUUCGGUCUGGUUCUGCUGCUGGUCUGGGUCAGCCCGCCGAGCUGCCGGGCCAGCUGGAUGUGGCUGGGCGUGACGUCCGGCGGUGACCCGGUUCUGAGCGGCCGGCAGCGGGCCGUGUGCCGCGGGAAGCCCUUCCUGCUGCCCGGCGUGCGGGACGGAGCCCGGCUGGCCGUGGCGGAGUGUCGGAACCAGUUCCGACUGGAGCGCUGGAACUGCUCCACGACCCGGAACCCUGCGGCCGUGUUCGGCCACGAACUGACGAGCGAGGAAGUGAUGUCAGAACGUCUCCAUCCCGCAGGAACCAAGGAGACGGCGUUCAUCUACGCAGUGAUGGCGGCGGGUCUGGUCCACUCCAUCACCCGGUCCUGCAGCCAGGGCAAUAUGACGGAGUGCGGCUGCGACGCCCGGCUGCGCGGCGGCGGCGGCACGGCGGCGGAGGAGGAGGGCUGGCACUGGGGCGGCUGCUCGGACCACAUCCGGUUCGGAACCUGGUUCAGCCGGAGGUUCAUGGACGUCGUGGAGAAGAACUCGUCAAUGGACCGAGUCGGGUUCACGCUCGGCACCAUGAACCAGCACAACGCUGAAGUCGGACGGCAGGCCAUCGAGACGACCAUGUCCACAGACUGUCGCUGCCACGGUAUUUCUGGUUCCUGCGCAGUGAAGACCUGCUGGAGGUCCAUGGCGCCGUUCCAGCGUGUCGGCGCCUUCCUGAAGGAGCGAUACGAGCGCAGCGUCCAGGUGUCGGACCGGGCCAGGAGGAAGACCAGAAAAAAGGACCAGCGCCAUCUUGUGGACAAAAACGAACUCAUCUACCUGAACAAGUCUCCAAACUACUGCCUGGAGGACAGGCGGCGUGGCAUCGCCGGCACCAGGGGGCGCCGCUGCAACCGGACCUCCACCGGCCCGGAUGGCUGCAACCUGCUUUGCUGCGGCAGAGGCUACAACACUCAUGUGGUGAGGAACAUCCAGCGCUGCGAGUGCAAAUUUGUCUGGUGCUGCUACGUCCACUGCAGACGCUGCGAGAGCAUGAACGACAUGCACACCUGUAAAUAAGUCCACACCUGGAAGACAGUCCUGCGUGGAUGGAGGUUCUGAUCAGAUCAGGAUCUGGAUGAAACAGCUGCAGGUCACUGCUGGAGCCUGGAGGAAGCCUGGAAGCAGCCUCCAGGCAGGACUUGGUCUUCCUCCAGGUCUUCUCUGCGGGACGUGUCCACCUGGAGAAGAACCUGAGACCCAACAUGGACACGUUUUCAUUUGCAGCUGAUGUAGUAGAACCUUUAAAACCAGGGAUGUGUCGAUACCGUGUUCCUUCAAACCCAGUACAAGUUAAACGUACAUCCCAGUACUUUCUGAUGCCAGAUAAUGAGUAC